AUGCGCCAGGGUUCGUCCGACUGGCCGUCGAACGAACACUCCCUUCCCGCAACACCGGUACUGACAAGAAACUCAACUACCAAGUCCGCAUCAAAGGGCGCCAUUGGCUCCACCGCAUUGUUGCAACAAAGACAUCAUUACUCCUCGUCCUCCACCUCUAUCCCAACCCACGCAACGUUUCAACAUACUCCGAUUGAUCCUCUAUCACAGCAAAUCCUCAAGCGCACAAACACGGAAAAGUCGAUAUCUUCAAAGUUGCGGACACAGGCGGCCAUCGACGUUGAGCCGGGCCCCUCCGACGCUGCGCGGGCUCUUACACAGGAAGAGUCCCCGUCAGCAAAUAGAGCUGAUAAUAAUCUGAUACAAAAGUCGUCCAAGGAAAAGAAAAAAGGCGUUUCAUUCCUCAGUCGAAUAAUUGGCAAUAAAAAAAGAACUGAUAUCUCUGAAUCAAAUGACGAUGUGUCAGAAUUGGGCGAGAACCGCGCCGCUGGGAUGGAUGCGGAAGUAUUCGCGCAACCAAUAGGCUAUAUUCCUCGGUUCCCCCCUCCACCAAAGUACAUCAAGGUCCGCGCACAGCACAAAAAGACCAAGGACUUCAACAGAUUAUUCGUCGCUCAGGAAUUGAGCGGGAACGCUGCACAGGCAAAUGGCUCGUCCACUAAUAAGCAUGCGACGAUCAAUGUUUUUGAAUCGGAUGCGGCGGCGCAGGAAGGCAGGGCAAUCUGGACCACAGAGUUCUCCAAAGAUGGUAAAUAUUUUGCCGCCGCGGGGCAAGAUCGAAAGGUUCGCGUAUGGGCUGUGAUAGGGACCCCAGAAGACAGACAGGCACAUGAAAUUGAAGAGGAGGCUCGGAAUGAUCAGCCGUUGAUGCGUCUGAGCGCGCCAGUUUUUAAGACUCAGCCAGUUCAAGAGUACGAAGGACAUACGGCAAGUAUUGUCGAUCUUAGCUGGAGCAAGAAUAACUUCUUGCUCAGUACAUCUCUGGAUAAAACUGUGCGAUUAUGGCAUGUGACCAGGAGAGAAUGCCUCUGCUGUUUCAAUCACAGCGACGUGGUGACGUCUAUUGAGUUUCAUCCCAGGGAUGAUCGGUUCUUUCUUGCUGGCUCUCUCGAUUCCAAACUACGGUUAUGGAGCAUUCCAGACAAGAACGUUGCUUUUACGGCCGUGGCGCCUGAUCUGAUCACUGCUGUCGCGUUUACCCCUGACGGGAAGCACUCGAUUGCAGGUUGUUUGAACGGUCAGUGCGUUAUCUUCGAAACGGAUGGCUUGAAGGUUGUUUCGCAGAUACAUGUGCGUUCAGCCAGAGGGCGAAAUGCUAAAGGGAGUAAGAUCACCGGAAUUGACACUAUUCUGCAACCUCCUGGCAAUGACUCUGGCAUAGUCAAGAUCCUAAUUACCAGCAAUGACUCCCGUAUACGCCUAUACAAUUUCAGGGAUCGGACACUGGAGGCUAAGUUUCGAGGUAAUGAAAAUUCUGCUAGCCAGAUUCGAGCAUCAUUUAGCAGCGACGGGCGCUAUAUAAUUUGUGGAAGUGAGGAUCGUCGAGUUUAUAUCUGGCCUGUCAUGUGCAAUGAGCGGUUCCCCGAAAAGCGACCAGUUGAGAGUUUUGAAGCGCAUUCUUCCAUGGCGACAACUGCUGUAAUGGCGCCGCUGCAGACAAAACAGACUCUUGGUUCUACUGGAGAUCUUUUGUACGACCUGUGCAACCCACCACCAGUCACGUUGGUCGGCCAGACAGCAUCUGCUGCCUCAAGAUCGGUGACCGAGAAUGGAGGCAACGAAUUUCGCCCCGGGACACCUCGUGUGCCGCCCUCGUCAAAUCCGCAGAAACCGGAGGAGUCCCCAACGCAUACUACCCGAUCAUCUCACCCCGGAGGGAAUAUCAUUGUGGCAGCUGAUUACAGUGGUGUGAUUAAGGUGUUUCGACAAGAUUGCGGCUAUCAUCGGCGGCGUCAUGAAUCGUGGGAUUCAAGUUCGCUGUUCUCGAAAAGAUUGCUUGGGCGCAACAACUCCGUGUCGUCGGCUCGGCGGAGUAUACUAUCUAUCGGCAAAGACUCGCUGCAUAAGUCCCCUUCCGAGCGGAUACUAUCGUGGCGGAAUUCCGUUAUCGGUGCCCGUGAUAAUGGCAGCUUUGAUAACGUCCGUACUCAAGGGAGUAGAACCCGCAGCGUUUCUCCCGAUCGACCCCUCCGCAAAUCCAACAGCGCACCAAAGGCGGAUACCUCCCAGGCGAUCAAGAACCUCACAAAGCGAGGCGUAAUCUCGAAACCUGCAGGCUUGACCAAAAUGAACCUGAACCACCCUUUCACCGGGGCUAUUUCGCCAGAAGUGAUUUCAGACAAGCGCGAAAUCGUUGCAUCUCCUGAGGAAUAUGAAGAUUCGGAUACCAAAUAUGCCCCUGCAGAUCCGCUCUUUAUGGCUGGCGAACAGAGCUAUACGUUCUGGAAUAAAUCUCAGUUUGCUUCGCUGGCGGCAAAUCGGCGCCGGUCGUCAAUCAGUAACGAUGUAGAGGCCCAGCAGGAUCAGGCCAACUUGACAAGCGAAGGGAGCUCUGACAAAAAGGGGUUUGAGAACGAUAUGGACGCAGAAGCACUAGGCGAAGAGGAAGAAGAGGAGCUGAGUUGCCCACAAUGCCGGGCAACGAAUUUUAGGGCGCGUUAUUGCAUUAUUCGUGCAUCCUUAUGA